AUGUUGUCUAGCAAAAAAUCAUUAACAAAUUAUAAUAAUGCAAAGCUUUCUCUUUACCAGGAUAAAGAUUUAUACUUAGAUCUUUUAAAGUUACGUUUAACAGAAUCAAAUGGAACAUUUAAUAAAAAAGAAAAAAUGACACCAUAUGAAAUUAAUUCUUUUUGUUAUGCUCCUGUUCGACCAAAUUUACGUCGUUCAAGAAUUAAUCAUCAUUCUGGAUUGUUAAAAAGUAGAUGCCUAUUUCAAUCAUCUAAAAUUAUAACAGCUACUCCAGGAGAUGAUGGAAAUACAGAGAAAAAAUAA